AUGGGAUCAAAACACGCAAAGGACAUUAAAAAUUCACCAACAUCACCACCAAUUUAUUUGUUGGAUUUUGUAGAAACAGCCGAUUCUGUGAGAAGAAUAUCACAACAGAAAGUCAUUGAUCUACCUGUAGCUAAAGAUUUGAUAAGAUUAUGUAACAAGAUAACUGUUUUAGAACCAAAUACCAAGAAUCCAAUACCCAACUCUAAUAUUCAAGAAGAAGAUUUUGAAUGUGAAAACAAAUUGACCAAAAUACAAUCUAUGAAUGAUCCGCAUCUUUCUGAAUCAUGUCUUGUCAAUGGUAAUAAUAUUCAAUCAUUUACUUGUCGAUUAUUAGAAAAUAAUGUCAAUUUUAAUUCUGGAUUUUGGUUUAUUGAUAUAAUAAUCGAUCCUUCGAAUGGAAAAGUAACUGUUUGCCAUAGAAGAAAGGAAAGAGUGACUGGUCAAUUCUUUGAUUUUACUCCUCAUUCUGCAAGUUUACCUUCCAUUCCAACUUCUCAAAUGGCUUCAAAGAGUAAACAAUUUUCUUCAUCAACUAGUUCCCUGUAUAAACCUUCCAUGCCUGAUAUGAUUAGAAAAUUGUACACAUUCGAAUGGAAACUUUAUUUUGAAUUGUGUCCACAUAAUUUAAACAAGAUUGAGAGUGUGAAAAUGGAGUUGGUGGGACAGUUGGAUUUUAGCGAUUCUGAGAUUAAAUUUUCAGAUGAAGAACAGGAAAAGAUUGAACAAACUUUUGUGAAUACAGCUCAUGGAUUUGAUAUCAAGUAUGAUAAGGAGUUUGAGAAACUGUUAGCAAUUUAUAAAAAGAAAGAAAAGAAGGCCAAAAAGAAGUAA